AUAUUAGUUAAAAUUUCUUAAAAUUUAAUAAUUUCUUUUAGAUUUUUAAAUUUGUUUAACUUAAAAAAUUACUAAAAAGUUGUCCGUACAGUCAGAGCUAACUCAACUUAUCGACUCAACAGCAGGUCGCCCAUUUAAUGAAUGAUUUUAUCUUUUUUUUUAUACUUAAUUACAUAAUUAAAUUUUUAAUGAUAGCUAUAUACUUUAUAUUUUUGUCUAGCAAAUAUUAGUGAUAAGUCUCCAAAAAAAAAAAAAUUAAAUAGAAAAUUUUAAAAUUAAAUUCAUGAACUUCAAGAUAAUGAUUUCUACUGGAGCAAAUAUUAGUGAUAACACAAACUAAGUGUCUAUUUAGGAUAACUUUUUUGUCGCUUUGUUUUCCAGAAAACUAUCAUAAUUUUAUUUAGUUACUAUUUUUUAUUGUUUUUCAAAAUUUUAUGUGGUAGAAAAUUAUUUUUUGCAAUCAGAAUAGUUAAGUUAUUUUCUCCAUAACAAUUCACAAAUCAACUUUAUAAAAUGCUAGUCGUCCCAAACAAAUCCUAACUCAACCCGAAAAAUUCCGAAUUAGGAUCAACCCGUUGUCAUAUGAGUCGGUUUCGAGUUCGAGAUUUUGACUCAUUUAGAAAAUCAGGCCAGAUUCGAAUUGAUCCGAAAACCCAAAAUCAAACCGGAUUAAUCCAGGAAAACUGAGCGUGACCUCGUAUCGUCAAUGUCGUAAGUGAAUAUUUUUCAAUAUCUUAACAAGCUGCUUGUUAAACAAGAAAUGAUCCUUAAUCAUUCUAUAUAUAAAAUAAUGAAUUGUUCAUGAAUUUAAAAAUUCAUAUUAAUAAAUUCUAGCAAUAAGGUCCAAAUUAUAGUCGCAUCAUUCAAUAAUUAUUUUUACUAAGAGUGCCGAAAAGUCUUCAACUCGAUUAAAAAAUCAAAUUUAAAAUUACUAAAGUAAAAUACAUUAAAAUUAUUAAAAAAAUCAAUUCACCGAAAAAUUCAUCCUCAAUCCUUUACCAAACUGCAGCCAAAGCUCCUAUAAAUUGUAAUAGACUCAAAAAGUCUAACAGAGUCACAGAGAGAUUAGCAGCCAUGGAGCAGAAGAAGAGAGUCUGCAUUAUCGGGGCCGGCGUAAGUGGCCUUGCAGCUUGUAAAUACUUGCUAGAGAGAGGAUUCCAGCCGGUGGUCUUCGAGGCCGAUCGGAGCAUCGGCGGCCUGUGGAAGAGCACGUCGGCGUCAACUCGGCUACAGACGGCGAGAUGGGAUUACCAAUUCUCCGACUUUCCGUGGCCGGAGAAGGUGACGGAGGUUUGUCCUGACAGUAAGCAGGUGAUGGAGUAUUUAGAAUCCUAUGCUGAACGAUUUGAUCUUGUUAGACAUGUGAGGUUUGGAGAGAAGGUGGAGGGGAUAGAGUAUGUUGGUGUAGCGGAGGAGGAGAUGGAGGCGUGGGAUCUGUGGGCUGGGACCGGCGGCGCGUUUGGUGGCGGGCGGCGAGGGGUGUGGCAUGUUACAGUGCGGCAAGAGGAAGAUGGAGCUGUAGAGGUACAUAUAAUGGAUUUCGUAAUUCUAUGCAUUGGACGCUUCAGUGGAAUGCCAAAUAUACCAACAUUUCCAAAAAAUAAAGAUUCAGAGGUCUUUAAUGGUAAAGUGAUUCAUUCUAUGAAUUACUCUAAUAUGGAUAGCACAGCCGUGACAAAAUUAGUGAAAGACAAGCAAGUCAUCAUAGUAGGAUAUCUCAAAUCAGCAUUAGACAUUGCUGCAGAAUGUGCUAAGAUUAAUGGACCAAGAUACCCCUGUACUAUGAUAGUUCGAACAAAAAGAUGGAAUAUAUCCCAAUUGGAAGCAUGGGGAAUCCCCAUAAAUUAUAUGUAUUUAAAUCGUUUCUCAGAAUUACUAUUACACAAGCCGGGUGAAGGACUCACAUUAAGCCUCUUAGCCACAAUCCUUUCACCUUUGAGGUGGAUCUUCUCGAAGUUUACGGAGAGCUACUUGAAGAAAACAAUCCCCAUGAAGAAGUAUGAUAUGAUUCCAAAGCAUAGUUUCUUCCAAGGAGUAGCUUCUGGUUUACUUGCAGUAUUACCAGAACACUUUUAUGAUAAAGUAGAAGAAGGAAGCAUUAUCUUAAAACCUAGCAAGACUUUUGAAUUCAGCAAGAAUGGAGUUCUCAUUGAGGGGGAAGUCACCCCGAUAAAAGCUGAUUUGGUGAUAUAUGCUACUGGGUUCAAGGGUGAUCAAAAACUCAGAAAUAUUUUUAUUUCUCCUUGGUUCCAAAAGGUUGUGGCAGGCACAAAAGAUAUGAUAGUUCCUCUGUAUAGAGAGUGCAUACAUCCACAAAUUCCACAAAUGGCCAUCAUUGGUUAUUCUGAGAGCAUAUCCAAUGUCUACACUACAGAAAUAAGAGCGAGGUGGCUAGCUUGCCUCAUUGAUGAUGGCUUCAUAUUGCCAAGCAAAAGAAAAAUGGAGAAGAAUAUACUCGAGUGGGACAAAUACUAUAAGACAUAUUCUGGCAAUUCAAGUGAGUGUUAUCGUAGAUCUUGCAUAACUUCCGUUCACACUUGGUAUAAUGAUCAAUUAUGCAAAGAUAUGGGAUGCAAUCCUAGAAGAAAGAAGGGAUUUUUUGCAGAUCUGUUCAUUCCCUAUGGUCCUACAGACUAUGUUGGGCUUGAGUUGAAAAAAUAAUAUAUAUGAUUCUUCAUAUUAUGCUGAGUUUGGUUUGAAAAAAAUAAUAAUAUAUACAAGUUGAUGAAAUAAUAAAUAUCAUGUACUGUGAUAUAUAUUAUAUAUCUUACUAGCUGGUGUUUGUUCAAAUA